AUGAGAGAAGUCGUGUUCUUUCGAGUAGUCCAUCAAAUCACCCAACUCCAUAAUUACAGAUCGGCCAAUCUCAUUUACUUCAAUGACUGGGCAAACGAGGUCAAUGAUGUUCGAGCUUUCAAGAUUAAAUGCUACCGUUUGGGUAAUCCUAAGGACAUCUACCUGAGAGAUGCUAUGCUGAACUUAGCCUUUAGUGUUGAUGAUAGAAGAAUUGUUCACAACUACCCUGCUUUUACUCGUCAACAUGUUGACGAGAUGUUUCAAAUCAUCACUAGUUGGGAUAUCUCAGGCAAUUGGGAUUACGAAAAACCUCUCAUGUUUAUAUAUGUGGCUGAAAGGAUGGAUCUUAAUGUGCCACAUUAUUGCUGGUGCUCCAACCUAGACCCUCCAAUGUCUGUAGUCUCCCUAGAUGGAUCAAGAUCACAGUGGAAAUGCGAUCUUUGUUUCUGGAAUUGUGCAGCUUGGGACUUCUGCUAUGCCAUACACUCGACUGCUCGUGCCUGGCCCAUUGAAGAUUACUUGGGUGUUUAUGACAUAGAAGUUUUAUCUAGUUUUACUAAGUUGUGA